UCCUACUCGCGUUUCUAGUACGAAAUGUUUUGUAGUAACACACCGUCCAUGGCUCUCUUGUGAAAAUCGUUUGUUUUGUUUUGUUUACAGUUUUUAUGGCUGUUUGAGAAUCAUUUUGAUCCAAUGUCUGAUAAGCGUCAACGUGCACGAGUCCAGGGCUCCUGGGCCAAACAAUCCCCCAAACCCUCCGGUCAAACAGGUAUUGCCCUAAAGAACAAUCAGUCCGUUAAUGCUGCUGCAACCGUUGGCUCUUGGGGAUUUGAUAAUGAGAAAACGCCUAAAGCUUUUGAGUUUCAUCAGCCUACUAAGCCAGUUAGAGAAGUUCCUCCAGAGAGAGUGAUAGAACAGGCUGGUGAAUAUGAUAUCAGCUACGGGCCAUCAGGAGUGUCUCGAUUACGUCUGCUGCCUGGGUUUCUUUCCACAGAAGAGGCCGACUGGAUGUUCAGUAAGCUGCUAGCAGAGCUUCCGUGGUCUCAGAAGACCAACUACAGAGAGGGUGAGGCAUAUGAGGAGCCCAGAUUGACCUGUUGGUACGGAGAGUUGCCAUAUACCUACGGUCGUUCCACUAUGCCCUCCAACUCACAAUGGCACCCAGUGUUGGAAACCCUCCGCGCAGCAGUGGAGCAGGCGACUGGAUGCUCGUUUAACUCUUUAUUAUGUAACUUGUAUCGCGAUGGGCAUGACAGCAUUGGCUGGCACAGUGAUGACGAGGCCUCCCUAGGUGCCAAACCAACCAUUGCCUCUCUCAGCCUGGGAGACAGCAGAGUGUUCAGCCUCCGCAAGCAGCCUCCACCGGAGGAGAAUGGUGACUACACCUAUGUGGAACGGAUUCGGGUGCCUUUAACUCAUGGGGCUCUUCUGCUGAUGGAAGGAGCCACGCAAGAUGAUUGGCAGCAUCGUGUGGCUAAAGAGUACCAUGACAGGGGUCCACGCAUUAACCUGACCUUCAGAACCAUCUACCCGGAACCGGAGGGCCACAGACCGGGCACCAAGAUGAGAUUCACUGAAAAGAAAACAUAAGAACGCCCUCAUGAUAAAAAAGAAAGUAAACAUUUGUUUCUAUUGUGUUUCUCUUGUUUACACACACUAAGUUUAUUCAAAGAAAUUAAUAAUCAGCUUGUUGUUUUUUUUUGGGGGGGGUGUUUGGUUUUCAUGUUUUAUUGCAUUAACACCUGCAACCUUAAAAAAAAAGGAAAAAGCAGGCAAGAAGAUAUGUUUAUUAAAAGGUUUAAGUUAUAUUUGAAAUAUUUAUUUUAAGUACUUGGAAUACAAAAAAGCACAUAUUCACAUAUUUUUUUUUUUUUUUAGAUGUUAUUAAAGAAAUGCCUUCACUCACUGAUUAUUGUUUUUUAUUUCAGAGAAGCUGUUUAGGUCAUUUUGAUUAUUAGUUCAUCCAAAGACCAGAACUGAUUUGCCACCCUGUAUUUUAUCCUGUGGCUCUAGAGGUAAUUUUUGUCGUUUUAGUUUUUGUAUUAUUUCUGAAACUGUCAUUACAUGUUGACCUUUGGUGUGAAGUAAUUUAUGAACCAACAGUUGGUAAUGACUGGUCAGAGUGUUUCUGAAAUUCAAAUGAUGUCCUGUCAUCAUUAAGAGCUAAAAUAAACUAAAUAGGAGCACAGUGAGAAGGGAAUGGGCAAGUGAAGCGAGUGGCAACUUCUACAAGUAAAGCAACCAAAAUGGGACUUGAUUUGAACGACUUGUCAAGUAAAGAAAACCAAAAUUAUACUAAACUGCUCUUUUACUUGAACACCUGACAUUUUUCUUUUACCAAAUUGAUGAAUUUCUAGGAAAUAAAAGUUAAAAUUGUCCAACUUUCUCUUAGCUUCCACAUUUAUUGAUGUAUGAAAGUCUUCUGUUAUUCAAAAUGAGCAUCAGAUUUAUGUAUGAGAGGACUAAAGCGACCAGUGUCCUUAACAGAUUUAUUUUUCUCUAAAGUUGAUUAUCAGUUUACAAUAUGAUAUUUUCUAUUCUAUUAAACUACAAAAGCAAUUCUUCCCUGAUAUACAUAAUGCAGAUGUCAUGUGCUAUGCAGCAAUGAAAAUGUAAAGGAAAAAUUAGAAGCUGUUAUUUAAAAAAAAAGGCUGUUUGAAAACAUUGA